UCCUGCCACGAGUUAGCGGCGAAUUUGGAGAGAGUCCAUUUUGAGCAGCGGGUCGGCGUCGCUGGUUUUUUCCCCUCAAAUCUUUCAAAGAGCCUCACCGUCACAAUGUCAGACUCCGAGAACCUGCUCAUGGAGACCUCCGAGCAGAACGGCAACGAGGGCGAGGACGAGCAGAACGGAGCCGAGCAGGAGCAGGAGCUCAUGGCCGGGGACGAGUGCCCGGAGGAGGCUCCCGAGGAGGUGCAGGACGAGGUUCCAGAAGACGUUCAGGAGGACGCGCCGGAGGAAGCUCAGGAAGACGCUCUGGACGAGUGUCUGGACGAAGGCGAAGGUCAGGGAGACGGACAGGACAACGGGACAGACAACGGCACGGACGGAGGCAAGAUCGAUGCCAGCAAGGGAGAGGAGGAUGCUGGGAAAAUGUUCGUCGGUGGUCUCAGCUGGGACACGAGUAAAAAGGACCUGAAGGACUACUUCAGUAAGUUCGGCGAGGUGUCGGACUGCACCAUCAAGAUGGACUCCAGCACCGGACGCUCCCGGGGCUUCGGCUUCGUCCUCUUCAAAGACGCCGUCAGCGUUGACAAGGUGCUGGAGCAGAAGGAACACAGACUGGACGGGCGUCAGAUCGACCCCAAGAAGGCCAUGGCCAUGAAGAAGGAGCCCGUUAAGAUAUUCGUCGGAGGUUUGAACCCCGAGACGACGGAGGACGCCAUCAGGGAAUACUUUGGCACCUUCGGAGAGAUCGAUACCAUCGAGCUUCCGCAGGACCCCAAGUCGAAGAAAAGGCGGGGCUUCAUCUUCAUCACGUACAAAGAAGAAGCGUGCGUCCACAAGUGUCUGCAGAAGAAAUUCCACAACAUCCAGGGUGGAAGGUGUGAGCUGAAGAUCGCUCAGCCCAAGGAGGUGUACCAGCAGCAGCAGUACGGAGGAGGCCGCGGCGGCGGCGGUGGUGGAGGAGGCGGCGGCGGUGGUGGCGGUUAUGGUGGAGGCGGCGGCCGGGGCAGAGGCCGUGGAGGUCAGAAUCAGGGCUGGAACCAGGGCUAUGGUGGAAACUACUGGAACCAGGGAUAUGGUGGUAACCAGGGCUAUGGCUACGGUGGAUACAGCGGCUAUGGCAACUAUGACUACAAUUCUGGUUACUAUGGGUAUGGCGGUACCGGAUAUGAUUACAGCUCCACAGACCAGGGCAACGCCAGCUACGGCAAAACCCCCAGACGGGGGGGACACCAGACAGGCUACAAGCCAUACUGAUGAUGACAUGGUAUUGCAAGGACUUCAGCGAUCCAAUGAAAGCGACCGCUGACCGGACACACCAGGCCGAACUCGACCUCUUUUAUGACAGAAGACCAUUUGUACAGAAAACAUCUGAAAUGUAACUUUUCCAUGUUUAUUUUUUUUUCCUUUUUUUUGUUUUUUUAAUCCUAUAUUUUUUAGCUUUUACUUUUCCCUUCUGUGUUUAUUUUUUUUUUCUCCCCCCUUCCACAUUUCCACCGACGGAAGUGUAAUUUUUACUGUACUUUUUGGUACCUGUUUUGAUUCUAAUGUAUUGUAAGGGUUGUAUUUUACAUGUUUGUUGGCUUUACAGGUUGAAAGAAAUCAUGGCGCUGUAAAGGAGCUUUUUUGACAAUAAAAACAAGUUUUCAGUAUUUUUUAUUUUUUUGUUCUGAUGCUUCCAGGUUCGGGGGUUGAAGAGUCAAAGGUUUAGAAAGUUCUGUUGUCAAAAUUGGUCGAAACUGGCUUUGUUUUGUAGCAGCAACACAACCCAGUGAUCUGUAAUGACAAAGUUAUUCUGCUUCACUAUGAACUUUUCUUUUUAAAGCUGGAGUCCAGUGUACCAAGAAUGAAUUUAUACUUGUGUUGUGUUUCCUCAAAGGCUGAAGCGUCUUCCAGGACGUUCUGAUUUUUACCAGGGAACUAACAUCUGGAAAUAUCCAUGUAGAAGGGGGGGGGGACGUGACUCAACCACAUGUAACUGUGGGUCAACUAAUUGUUUUCUAGUUUGCUUUAGUUUGUGUUUGUUAGGUGUCACCUGCGCUCAAGUUAAAUGUCUGCUUCAUUUCCUUUUGGUCUGACUUCAGGCCUCUGAAGUCUCCUCAGCUAGUGUCUGACCAUUUAUUAGUAAUAAACAUUCUCGUUUGUGA